AUGAUGUUCCUGCUACCGUUCCUCACAGUAUUUUUGGCGAAGCAAAGCCAUACCCGGACCCACUCUCUGAGAUACUUUCGUCUGGCUAUUUCGGAUCCUGGCCCUGGAGUCCCUGAAUUUAUCUCAGUUGGGUAUGUGGACUCACACCCUAUCACUACAUACGACAGCGUCACCCGACAGAAGGAGCCAAGAGCCCCAUGGAUGGCGGAGAACCUGGCGCCUGACCACUGGGAGAGGUACACUCAGCUGCUAAGAGGCUGGCAGCGGACCUUCCAGACAGAGCUGAGGCACCUGCAGAGGCACUACAACCACUCAGGGCUUCACACCUACCAGAGAAUGAUCGGUUGUGAGUUGCUGGAAGACGGCAGCACCACAGGGUUUCUCCAGUAUGCAUAUGAUGGACAAGAUUUCAUUGUCUUCGAUAAAGACACCCUCUCCUGGCUGGCUAUGGAUAAUGUGGCUCACAUCACCAAGCGAGCAUGGGAGGCCAACCUGCAUGAGUUGCAAUACCAAAAGAACUGGCUAGAAGAAGAGUGCAUUGCCUGGCUAAAGAGGUUCUUGGAGUAUGGAAGUGAUGCCCUAGAAAGAACAGAACAUCCAGUAGUAAGAACAACUCGAAAGGAAACGUUUCCAGGGAUUACCACUCUCUUCUGCAGAGCUCAUGGCUUCUACCCACCAGAAAUUUCCAUGAUAUGGAAGAAAAAUGGGGAAGAAAUUGUCCAGGAGGUGGAUUAUGGAGGGGUGCUUCCCAGUGGGGAUGGAACCUAUCAAAUGUGGGUGUCGGUUGAUCUGGAUCCUCAGACCAAAGACAUUUAUUCUUGUCAUGUGGAGCACUGUGGUCUCCAAAUGGUUCUGGAGGCCCCUCAGGAAUCAGGAAACACCCUUCUAGUGGCAAACACGAUCUCUGGGACCAUAAUUCUCAUCAUUGUCCUGGCUGGAGUUGGUGCCCUGAUCUGGAGAAGAAGGUCACGAGAACCAAAAGAAGUCAUGUACCAACCCACCCAAGUCAAUGAGGGCAGCUCUCCCUCUUAGGAGCCAUGGUCUCUGCUCUCAGGCACCCACGUGUCUCAGCCAAACUCCUGACACGGGAUUGUAGAAUUGAGCAUUUGUGACAAGAAGAUAAGAGCUACAAAUUUGUCUUCGUUCUUUGGCUCCAGAAGAACUGUCAAUUUUUAGGCUCUUGAUAGACUUAAAACAUAGUUUGUCUCAUGACCCAAUACCUCCCAAUAUUAUAUUUCUCAAUGGUGAUAGAUUAGAGUCUCAGAGCAGCAAGCAGCUUUCUCAUCCAAGAUGUUUUCUAAAAUGUCACAGACUUGGCUCUUUUCUCUGCUCUCUUACCCUCUUCAACCUUUAUCCCUUUUCUCCCCAUUCCCUAUCCCCCUUCCCUCCCGUGCUCAUGGCUGGCCUUUACUUCUCCCCUCUUCUACUUUUCUCUCAUUAAACCUUUCCACGUGG